UAGCUCUCAUAGCGCCAAAAUGUGUUCCCUGAACGCUGUUCGAAUGUUUUCUGCUUCUGUCUCGCUCAAUUUGAACAAGUGUACGUAUUACUUAUUUAUUUAUUUUCAAUAUUUGUUGAAAAUGAAUCAGGGCGUACUAGUCACCUUAGAAGACAUCAACACCGGUCUAGUUUAUACAACGCGUCUCUCACCAAAAGAUGCGCACAGAGUAGAAACCGAUACUGUUUUUGCUUCUGAAGUUCUGUCUGUAUUAAAGAAAAGCCAAGGGGAGUCAAGUUCAUCAAGCUCCAUGAUCUCAACGGCAUCAACUUUAGAUGCCGAAAUUCCUGAAUCAGAACCAGAUUCGGUCUUCAAAUGGUCGCAUCAGGCUGUUCUCCUUCUAAUUGAGGAGUAUCGGAAGAGAGAGGAAGAUGUCAUAUCAGGCAAAAUAUCGCAAAAGCGAGUGUGGAAGUCGAUCAGUGAAGUUCUUUGUAGGCAUGGACAUGAUGUUACUGGCCCACAAUGCCAAAGCAAAUUUAACGGGAUGAAGAGAACAUUUAAAUCCAUCAAAGAUCACAAUUCUAAAUCAGGAAAUAAUCCUCGGUCCUGGCCUUAUACUGAGGUGAUGGAAUCUUUGUUAGGAGAGAAACCUUUUAUGAAUCCUGUUGCUCUGGCUUCCUCUUCAAAUCGAGCUCACAUAGAGAAUGAGAGUAGUGACGUCUCUUCAGUCGACAGUGACACCUCUGUUGGCUCUUCAAACUCACGCAAGAGGAAGACCUCUCAAAUUGCAGAGGUCAUUAUGAAAAGCCGAAGGAUGGCCGAAGAAAAUAAAUUAAAACGCCAUCAGCAGACAAUGGAUCAGCGGACUGAAAUUUUAAAUGCUUUAAAUAAGCUUAUUGAUAAAUUGCAAAAAGGACUAAUUGUAAAAGACUAUAUUUACAUACGCAAAAUUGCAAUCCGUUGCGGUGCAAGGUUAAUAUGGUUAUUUUCAUCCAUGUUCGCCAUGUGCUCACGCUCACAAUGCAACAAAAGUCGUUCAUGGAGCUUGCAACUGUGAGCGCCACAAUAGCUCCCCGAACGACUGAAUUGGCGUUGGCGUCUCGUAGCGCGUAAGCGUGCUCCCCGAACGACAUUUUGCGUGGGAUCGCAACAAUUUUAAUGGAGUUUAUUGAUUUUAACUCAUCAUCAGAAAGUGAAGAAGAUGAAGAUGAAUUAGAACAUGUUAUGUGCGUGGUAGAAAGAAGAAAGUUGCCAAGAUUGAAAAACUAUGUGGAGAACAUUGUGCCUGCCUAUAGUGAUCAACAAUUCAAGUCACAUUUUAGAAUAUCUAGAGGUACAUUCAAGUUCAUACUUGCUAUUAUCGCCUCGAGAUUGAAGAGAAUACGUACGGGACUGGCAAUGAUUUCUCCUCAGAAGCAAUUUCUUAUUGCAAUAUGGCGCAUGGCAACUCCUGAUUCUUAUAGAUCCAUAUGUGAGAAGUUUGAUGUCAGUAAAGCUACUGCUCUCAAUGCCACACGAAGAGUGGUAAGGGCUCUGUAUAAUUUGGCACCAACUGUUAUCAAAUGGCCAUCAGGCAACAAUGUCAAUGAAGUUUGGACUGGAUUCGAAGCUGUCAGCGAUUUCCCGAAAAUUAUUGGCGCUAUAGACGGUACACAUAUAAAUAUUCCAGCUCCUCGUGUUGAACCAGCAUCAUAUGUAAAUCGUAAAGGACACCAUUCAAUUCAAUUGCAGGCAGUGUGUAAUCAUAAAGCACACUUUAUUCAUUGCUUCGCAGGACAUCCAGGGUCUGUGCAUGACCAGCGAGUAUUUCGAUUAUCAGAAUUGCAAGAGUGAUUAGGAAAUCCUGAGAAAUUUCCCGAUGAUUGUCACAUCCUCGAAGAUGCUGCGUAUAAACUACAUCAGAAUGUCAUUGUUCCCUAUCGUGACAAUGGAUAUCUCACUCCUAGACAGAAAAACUUCAAUUUCUGUCAUUCCUCUGCCAGAAUAGCGAUUGAAAGGGCUUUUGGACUUUUGAAGACAAGAUUUCGUAGUAUAAGGACCGUUCUUGCAAUGGAUAGAUGUGAUUUAAUCCCAAUGUUCAUAAUUGCAUGUUGUGCGAUGCAUAAUAUUUGCCUAUUAAGAGGGGAUGAGAUCGAUCUUGAUGCAAUUAAUGAGGCAGAAGCUGACAAUUAUCUUUAUCAAGAUGCUGCACCACUUGAACUGGCAGGUGCUGCCAAAAGAGAUUUAAUUUGUGAGAGAUUUCCUAUGCGAAAUGUUUAGUGCACAAUGUGUAGCUUUGUGAUAAAUGCGCUUUAUUCAUAUAAUAAAAUAUAAAUGUAACACUUA